CGACUAACAAGCUACAUAGGCUAUUCAAAGACACCCCCGGCGAUCUCCUCGUUAUGUACUAGCCCUACGACGAAACCCUUCGUAUUCUAACCUUGUAAAUUUACGUAACGUUGACAACAAAUGUAAAUAUCCGGCAUCAUGGAAUCCAAAGAACCACCAUCAUCUACUAGGGUGUAUACAAAAGUAGUUGAAACUGGUACUAGAAACUAAGGAGCUAUAUGGAAAAGGGGGCAACGUUGUCACGACCCCCGCUCAAUACGAGCUGGAGUUCAUGCCCAUCGUCACUGGCACCGCGGAUCAACCUGUUUUUUACUCCACUCGCGACGAGACUCACCCCAGAUAGAAUCAGUAUAAAGACCCUUCGUGCGUCCGAGUAUGUUUCUUCUUUUUCAGCCUCAUCAUCACGCAAUCACAUUCAAGCAUUCUCUAAUAACUCAUCAACCUAAUCAACUCACUUAACUUUCGUUCACCCGAAAAAAAAACCCCCAACAUUCAAAAUGAAGUUCUCCGCCGCUACCCUCUUCGCUGCUACCGCUGCCGCCGUCACCGUCGACAAGCGUGACACCGUCUUCUCGGUCUCCGAGUUCUCGGCUGGCUGCGUCCGCCACAGCACCCAGUGCGUGUACUCCUUCACCGUCAUCCAGCCCGGCACCAUGGAGACCACUGGGGUCAAGUGCUCUGCUUCGGGCCCCGCCGGUCCCGGUGGUGAGCUCCCCGAGAUCAAGAAGGGUACUUGCCAGGAGUCGUCCAGGACCUUCAGCGUGACCAAGGGCGCCGACGGCCUGACUAUCACCGUCACCCAGCCCGUCACCCCCUCCAGCAACCAGUCCGGCUCCCACCUCAUCCCCAACGCCGAGCUCAAGACCACCAACGAGCCCAACGCUGUUGUCCAGAACUACGUCGGCGCCACUAGCUUCAACCUCGAGUAACUUGUCGACCUCGAUAUGAGUGGGCGGGUUUGAAUCUUUUUGGCAAGCUUGCAGCGUUUGGAAUUCGGCGGUUACUAUCGUAACCAGAUUAUGGUUGAUGUUCCCAGUAGUUAUUAGAUAGAAUUGUGCGUGUUGAAUAUACAAAAUAUCGCAUCA